AUGAAGAGCAGGAAGAUAGUGGCAGCAAAGAAGAAAAAGUCGCUGGAGUUGGUCAAUUCUAGUUUCCAACUCGUUAUGACAAGUGGAAAGUACAUGCUGGGGUACAAGCAGACUCUGAAAAUAAUCAGAUAUGGCAAAGUGAAACUGGUUGUCCCUGCCAACAACUGCCCAGCCUUGAGGAAAUUUGAGAUAGAAUACUGUGGCAUGUUGGCUAAAACUGGCGCCCAUCACUACAGUGGCAAUAAUAUUAAUUUGAGCACAGCAUGGAAGAAAUAUUACAGAGUAAGCACUCUGACUAGCAUUGAUCCAGGUGAUUCUGAUGUCAUUAGAAGCAUGCCAGAACAGAUUGGUGAAAAGUAA